CGGGAGCGACGAGACACGGCCGGAACGGGCCAUCCGGCUGCAGGUGGUGCUGCGUUCGGUUCGGUUCCCCUGGAAUCAGCGGAAGGUUUCACCCGCUGCGGACGCCAUUAAUGCUGGAGGCGGCUCACAGAUUUAAAGGAAUAUUUCAUACAUUUUAGCGCUUUGUUUCAGAUUAACAAACGGAGUGAAUUUAUAUAAACUGAUCUUUAUAUCAGCUUUUUAAAACCAUGUAAACUACGUCAGUUGCCUAAGUCCCAAACUUUUAUUGAAUAAUCUGUAAACCAGCCCAGGUUUGUCUGAAGAUUGUGAAUUCUUGAACAUCUGAGGUAAAAAUGCUUUUGCCUGAACAGCCUGCAGGUUUCACCAGUGGAAAAAACCCAUGUUUAGUGGAAGAAGUUUGUCAUUUUUACCUGAAAUAAGGUGGUAGAGAGGCCCAAUAAAAAUUCUCAUUUUUAUUGUUAUUAGCCCCACAAUAAAGCUCUCUGGUUUCCAGACUUUAAAUGUUGGGUCUGUUUGGGUUUCUGGCUGUGUGGAUGCGUUGCUCUGCCUGAUCUUUGUUCAGACACACAUUACAUAAAUUACAGCAGCAGAUCCGCUGCUCUUUGUUGAAGAGACAGAUUGUUUCCCUGCAGCCUGAUUCUGGGUUUCUAACACUAACCGUCUGUUAGCUGCUAGCAGCUCUUCAACAGGACUUUAUGCACUAAUCUGUAAUAUUUGGAUGAUGUUUGAUUGGAGGUGAAAUAGUUCAGCGUUUCCUGUGAAUCAGCAGCUUUAGUUCUUCAUUUCUGGAUCUUUCUGAGCUCAGCGCUGCGUUCAGGGGGGAUGGGGAUUCAGACGGAGUAAAACCCGGAUGAAAUCCUCCAUCCAUUCCAUCUGAGCCUUUUCUCUGCAGGAUAUUUCAGCGCCUGUCACCGGAUCGCUGCGUCUUCCUGCUUCCCUCUGCUCGUUUGUUCCUCAUUGUGUCGGAGCCGCCACCGACCCGCUGAGGUCCGCUGAGAACCGGGUCGGUUUCCUGCAGGUUGAUGAUCGUCCUGAUGUGACGCUGCAGGAAAACGACUCGGCUGAGUUUCUGCAGCGUUUUGUUGCUCCACAUCUUCUCUGGUUCUGGUUGGUUGGUUUGAUGGUUUUGAGACAGAACCCCUGUGAUCGGGUCGGAGGAGGAUGUGAUGCUGCUCUGUUUGGACCUCUGAGGCCCGGUUAGAGGAGCCGAAGCAUUUCUGCACCAGCUGCAAAUCUCACAACAAAUCCAGGCAGCAGACGGGUCCGGCUGCAGGUCCUGUCCGGGUCCAGUCCGGCUCCGGCUCCUGUCUGGGUCCGGUCUGGCUCCAGGUCCUGUCCGGGUCUGGUCCUGCUCCGGUCUGGCUCCGGGUCCAGUCCGGCUCCACAGCUCGGACCAGGUCCGGUUCUGCUCCCACCUGUUGGGUCCAGCUCCUCCUCCGUCCUUUCUUCCUCCUCAGAGCCCCGCCCCCUCCUGCCGGGCUGCGUCCUGAUUGGCUGAGGCUUCGGGUUUAGGAGCGGCCGGCCCGGUUCGUUCCUCAGUCCGACAGAGCGUCGAGGUUGCUCGGCAACUUGCAACUGAUGGAUGGCGCCGUGCAGGACGCUGUUCCUCCAAAGCCAGCCAAACCCCGGCCGCCGCCGUCUUCUUCAGGGGUCAGAGGUGGCGAUGGCGACUCGCUGCAGGAAGCAGAGUGGUACUGGGGAGACAUAUCCAGGGAGGAGGCGAACGAGAAGCUGAGGGACGCGCCGGACGGGACCUUCCUGGUGCGGGACGCCUCCACCAGGAUGCAGGGGGACUACACCCUGACCCUGAGGAAGGGAGGAAACAACAAGCUGAUUAAGAUUUACCAGCGAGACGGGAAGUUCGGCUUCUCGGAGCCGCUGACCUUCAGCUCCGUGGUGGAGCUCAUCGGCCAUCACCGGCACCAGUCACUGGCCCAGUACAACGCCACGCUGGACGUUCGCCUCACCUACCCGGUGUCCCGCUUCCAGCAGGACCAUCUGGUGAAGGAGGACAACAUCGACGCUGUGGGGAAAAAGCUGCAGGAAUACCACAGCCAGUACCAGGAGAAGAGCAAAGAGUACGACCGGCUGUACGAGGAAUUCACCAAGACCUCCCAGGAGAUCCAGAUGAAGCGCACGGCCAUCGAGGCCUUCAAUGAGACCAUCAAGAUCUUCGAGGAGCAGUGCCAGACGCAGGAGUGCUGCGGCCAGGACUGCGUGGAGCGCUGCAGCUGCUGCAGCCGCUGCAGCGGCGACAAGGACAUGGAGCGCAUCCUGGACAACUUCGAGAAGCUCAAGUCCCGCCUGGGGGAGAUCCACGACAGCAAGGUGCGUUUGGAGCAGGACCUGAAGACGCAGGCCAGUGAGAACCGCGAGACGGACAAGAAGAUGAACAGCCUGAAGCCUGACAUCAUCCAGCUGCGCAAGAUCCGCGACCAGCACCUGGUCUGGCUGAACCAUAAAGGAGUGCGGCAAAAACGAAUCAACGGCUGGCUCGCCAUCCAGAAUGACGCCGACGAAGGCGGCGAGGAAGAGGAGAGCCUGCCUCACUACGACGAGAAGAGCUGGUUCGUAGGAGACGUGAGCCGGACGCAGGCGGAGGAGCUGCUGGGCGGCAAGCCGGACGGAGCCUUCCUGAUCCGGGAGAGCAGCAAGAAGGGCUGCUAUGCCUGCUCUGUGGUGGUGUCUGGCGCCGUGAAGCACUGCGUCAUCUACAGCACGCCGCGCGGCUUCGGCUUCGCAGAGCCCUACUUCCUGUACGGCAGCCUGAAGGAGCUGGUCCUCCACUACCGCCUCACCUCGCUGGUGCAGCACAACGACGCGCUCAACGUGCGCCUCGCCCACCCCGUCCACGCCCCCCUCUGCAGGUGAACCCCGGGGGCGGGACUAGAUCUACUUUACCAGAAGUUCCCGGCGCCGCGCUACAUCUGGACUGCUUGAUUUGCACAGGAAGUGAAUGUGAAGAGGAGAAAUGUUUCAGGUUCAACGCCGACCCGAUCGACUUCGUCUGGAAACACUGGGGCCGCCAUGUUGUGGGCGGGGCCACAGGUCUGGGCUUCAUCGGGUCCACAGGAGGCGUCCUUUCUAAAGCCUGAUCAAAACGCCCUGCUACAAAAAUAUUAUUCAUUUACUUUCAGUUAAAACCGUUCAGAAAGUUCUGGUUCUGGUUCUGAGCAGCAGCUGGAAGCCGAUUCUUACACUUUAGUCUUAAUCCAUCUGACUUUAGAUUAAUAACUGAAUUGAAACAGCAGCUGCUGAAAGUUCAAAUGUUUUUGUUUCUGAAUCAGAACAGAAACAUUAAAUUAAAAUGUUAAAUUUAACAAAACAAUCAGAACCAAAUGGUUGAACAGACAGCAGGAAAUAAAUUCAGCAGCAGAAUGUUAAUAAAACCAGAAAAUGUUUUCAUGAGAUUUAAAACUAGAAUUUUAACAACACGAGUUUUAUUUCCUUAUUAAAAUAUGCAGAACUUAUUAAUUCCAACCGUUUUUCUUACAGACCAUAUUUGAGUUUAGAUAUAAAUCUCAUUAAAAACAGUUUCUGCUCCUGGAUUCGUUUCCAAACUCUGGAAAAUCGUUUCCAUUGAACUGGACUGACAUCUAGUGGUGAAGUUAAAAACUGCAACAAACAGCAGAAACUUUUCUCCGAAAGAAAAAACUAAAUAGAUUUUCAGCAUUAAAGUGAAUUUUUCUGUUUAUGGUUAAAAUAUUUUCUGCAUGUUUAGAUCUCCAUGAAUUAAAACUAAUUUAACGUUUUAAACUUUAAAUGAGCCAUUUGAGCUGAUUGGGCGAUGCCUCCUUCUACUGGAGCUUCUGGCUCUCUGAUUGGCUGAUGACCGCUGGCUCCUCCCCCCGUAUGCAGUGAGUCCACAAAGAGCCACAGGUGUGUGUGUGUGUGUGUGUGUGUGUGUGUGUGUUUUUGGACCCAUCUGGAGCUGAAAGCCAUCCGUGGUGAAGCUGUUUGGACCCGGCAGGUGGGUCAGAACCGGGUCGGGCUGCACAGCCCUUCAGAACCACAGCACAGGAGCUGAACUGUGAAUGUUUAUUUCAUGCUGAGUGAAGCUGACAGAACUGCGGACUGAACCGGACUGGACCGAACCAGGCAGAACUCUAGCAGCACAAAGUACCGACCCGGUUCUGCUGCACCGUUUCCCUCCGGUUCUCUGAGCCCGUUUGAAUGUACAGAGACAGGUUCUGAUCCGUCUCGCAGGACUGUUACCCACCACACAGUGACUGACCUCUACAGGCCGGGCCGGGUCGGACCGGGUCAAACCGGGUCGGGUCAAACCGGACCGGGUCGGGUUGGACCGGGUCGGGUCGUCGCCCCCUCAGGUGUUUUCGAGCCAGCAGCGGGGAAACGAAGCGAAUCAGGGUUUUUGGGUCCGGUUCUGAUCCGGUGAGCUUGUUGUGACCUCUGACCUCUUCACCGUCUCCAUGGGAACUACUUGAAGUGCUGAAUGUGUUUCUAUGAGAGUUUAUUAAAGUUUUAAGGCGCCUGGUGGAGCUGCACCUGUGAUGUCUGAUCUACAGAUAUAGAUCUAUAUUUAGUUUAUAUGAAGCUCCAUUUUCAUCCCUGGAACAUUUAAACCAAAGAUUUGAGUUUAUCAGAGCAUUUUUUUGCUUUUGCCACUUGGAAAUGAUUUUUUUGUUGCAUCAGGAAGAAUCUGUAAAAUCCUGGUUCAUUUCUAUUCCAGAUGUAAGAAGAAGCGUUGAGUUUCUGGAUCGCAGUAAAAAUCUGUUUGGGAAAAUCAUCCUGCAGAAAAAAGUUUCAACAGUCCAGAAUCUGGUUCAACGUUCCCGUCAAAAACUGCCGAGCGCGUAAAUAAAGCUUUGUGUUUCAUCAAAACUCAUGAAAAAAUGUCGAUGAAACAAUGAGGUUUCUGUCGUCUGAUGUUGGAUUCCUGUUAGUUUUAGACGUUUUGUUUUUUCAAACUUGCCCUGUAAUUGAAGUUCUGAGCUGAAAUGAGACGGAGCGUCAGAACCAUCGAACAAACCAGAUGGAAAAUCCAGAAGUUGCAGAAUAUUAGGAAUUUAUUCCUGAGUCUGAUUAUUACAUGAAUGCAUCAUGACUUCUCUGUAAGUGGAGUUUGACUGUUGCACAUUAUUAUGACUUUAUUUGCAUAUAUUUUGUGUAACAUAACUUCAUUUUCACUAUUUAUUCUGUACUGAUUAUUUUCAAACUUCCUUAUUUGCCACAUUCCAGUUUUAUCCACCAGUUCAACUUUUCAGAAAACGUUUCGAUUCGUUCUGGUAUUUCACACUUAAUUCUAGUUUGUUGCAUUACAGUGACUUUCACAGAAUAGUAUAAUUUCCCAUAAUAUUACGAAUUUAUUAUUUUUGUAUAUUUUUUGACUUGGUCCUAAUACUCCAUCAUCGAAGCAGCUCCAAUAAAUUCAUAAUAAACUUCAGUUUAUAAACAAAUCAUCUAUUACGAUUUUCUGAAAAUUGGUCGUUUCAGUGGAAACUUUAACUGCAAUUGAAGUAAAUUUUAGUAAAUUUCGGGACUUACGGUUAGUUUCUGCCGGAUGAUUUUCCGAUGUUUCUCCAGAUUGCGAUGUUUCUCUGUCGGGGAGGCGGGGUUUCUAAGGCUCCGCCCAUCAGAGCGACUUCUUGCGCCUGAUGGACUGAAAGCAAACAGGAAGUUCAUGCAUCAAACCAAAACAAUCAGUUUAACCAAGUUUACUUUUCACCGACUGUUUGGUUGAAGUUUCCACUUUUGGGGAACCGAGGCGGCCGUCGGGUCGGAUCCGGUCGCCAUCGCAGGACUGUUAGCGCUCCGUUUCCUCUCAGCAGAACUGCAAAGUUUUAUUUGCAGCGACGGUUUGAACGGGUUUGACUCUCAGCAGGCGUCGCGUCGCUCAGCGCAGCUCUGAUAAGAAAUGUCACAUUUUAAGAGAAAAAAGAUUUUUAAACGUGUUCAUGACGCCCGUCCCGUUGUUUCCCUUUUGCAGAUCCAGCAUGCAUCUUUGGUACUUGACUGUUGUUUUAUGUGUAACAAAAAAAGAAAUGUUUAAUAGAUGUCUUUGGAAAACAAAUGUUAUUUGUCUGUUUUUGGUGUUUUCUUGACUUGAAUUACGAGCAAAUUUAACCGCAGAGAAAGAGUACGGAUAAAAAAUCUGAAGUGUUUUCUGCUGAAGCUUUUUAUUCCUGAACGGCUCCAGUUUCACUUUGGUUUCUUGUUUCGGUGCUGAAGUUGCUGGUUAUAAAUUCUGACUGGGUUUAAACGCGGGCAGCAGCGCCGCCAUCUUGGAUUCUGUUGCAGAAUAAAGAAAAUAAUUUGAUCGAA